UUACAGCGAUGAGGAGGGGAUGAUCAAGUUUGGUUCGGGUAGCUAUAGUGUUCGAGAAUCGGAAGGAUUAAAUCCGCAAAGUUUAACAUUUCCGGUUCGUACAAUUUCCUGCACCGUCACAUUUCUGGAUAAUACUGAGCGAAAAUUCGAAAUUGAACGUCAUGCUAAGGGACAAAUUUUACUCAACAUGGUAUUUGAUCAUCUUGAAUUGGUCGAGAAAGAUUAUUUCGGAUUGCAAUACAUAUCUGCCCUUGAAACAAGCCAAACCGGUGUUAAGAAAUGGCUUGAUCCCACGAAAUCCAUUAGGAAACAAUUAUUUUAUCCACCUUAUCAAUUGUAUUUUCGUCUCAAAUUUUAUGUUAGUGAUCCAUCAAAGUUAAUGGAAGAAUACACAAGGUAUCAUGUAUUUCUUCAACUUAGAAAAGAUUUACUAGAGGGUCGAUUAAUUUGUCCAGAAAAUACUGUCGCAAUGCUUGCCAGCUAUGCUGCUCAAUCAGAAUUUGGUGAUUACAGUGAGGAAGAGCAUGGUACAACAUAUCUUAAUGAAUUUCAAUUUAUUCCUGAACAAAGUACUGCUCUAAUUAAGGACAUAAUUGAUUUACAUAAACUUCAUAAAGGGCAAAGUCCAGCUGAAGCUGAAUUCAAUUUUUUAAAAUAUGCUAAAGAUCUUGAUCUAUAUGGUAUUGAUCUCUAUCCAGCUAAGGAGAGUAAUGGUUCAAUGAUUGAAAUUGGUGUAAGCAAUUGUGGUGUCGUACUCGUCCGAUGUAAUCGUCGUGAAACAAUCUAUCCAUGGUCGGCUAUUAUGAAAUUAUCAUUUAAGAAGAAACUAUUUAGUAUACAUAUGCGUGUCAUCAAAAAUGAUAAUAUAGAAGAAGAUACGGUGGUUAUUUUCAAUAUUCAAAAUCCGGAAAGUUGUAAAGCACUAUGGAAGAGUUGUAUUGAACAUCAUACAUUCUUUCGUCUUAUUGCUCCACCAGUACCACCACCAAAGUCAUUUUUUAGCAUUGGAAGUCGAUUUCGUUAUAGUGGGCGAACAGAAUAUCAAAGUAUGGAAGAGAUGAGGAGACGAGCUCGUGUCGAACGAACAUUUCUAAGACAUUCAAGUCGAGAAUUGCAAAGUACGAUGAAUGGUAACUCAUCAAAUUCUCGAGAUCAAACAUCAUCCUAUAGAACCAAAUCACCGAUCAUUUCAUCCCGCAUUUUCUGCCGUUCGCAAAUUUGUCUACGAAAAUGGCUUGGUGGACGCCUUCAUGGUGUGUCACCAUCCUCAUCUAUCAAAACAACUCAAGCAAAAGAGGCUGUGACAUCAUCGAUCGGAACGCUUGAUAAUAAUGCACAACAACUCACUGGUUGUACCUCACCAUGCUCAACUUUAUCACCGAUAUCAUCGGUGGCUACUUCAGAUGGUACUUCAAAAUUUCAGCAACCUGAAAUGUCUCAUGAUAUUGAUACUGUACAAGAGGAAAGUAAUGAUAACAAUGAUGAUGAUAAUGAUGAUAACAAUGACAAGAUUGAUAGCAAAAUUGGUAACUCAAACGUUACUGAGCAAAGGAAGAUAUCCGAGAGACUGCAUACCCGCAUGAUUCCUCAGGAAGAUAUCCGAGAGACUGCAUACCCGCAUGAUUCCUCAGGAAGAUAUCUGGAAGAUAUCUUUGCAUGCGCUCAUUCAUUCAUUUCUCAGAUUGUCACUUACAGAGUUGACCUUUGA